AUGAUGAACUUCGAUCAAGCUGAAGAUAAAGAUGGUGUAAGAUUCUCAUGGAAUGUAUGGCCAACUUCACGUGUGGAAGCGACACUACAUGCUGCCAACGAAAGACACUGCGCCACCCAUCUACCUGUUCAUCGUCGACACCUGUCUGCCCGACGACGAACUCCAAGCGCUGACCGACUCGCUCACCAUGUCGCUCUCGCUGCUCCCAGAGAACUCGUACGUCGGUCUGAUCACCUUUGGUUCGAUGGUGCAGUUCUCGGUUCGCCAGAGACAUUCAACUUGGUGUCGAAGCGUUUCUUGGUGCCGGUUGGCGAGUGCGAGUUCAACUUGACGUCGAUCUUGGAGGAGAUCCAAAAGGAUCCAUGUCGUGUCUCCUCGGACAAGCGUCCACAACGUGCCACCGGAAUUGCCUUCUCAGUGGCCGCGUCACUCCUCCAAGCGGUCGCGCCAAAUACUGGUGCGCGUAUCAUGGCGUUCAUUGGUGGUCCAGCCACUGUUGGACUUGGUUUGGUCGUAGGCGAAGACCUCAAAGAACCGAUCCGUUCGCACCACGACAUCAUCAAAUACAAGGCAAAGCACUCGUCGAAGGCCUAUCUCCACUAUAAAUCGAUCGCAGAGCAGGCUGUCUCUGGCGGACACGUCAUCGAUAUAUUCUCGUGUUCACUCGAUCAAGUCGGUCUCUACGAGAUGCGAGAGAUGGUCAAGAUGACCGGUGGUUUCAUGGUGUUGGCAGACGGUUUCUUCCAUCCGAUGUUCCAACAAUCCUUCCAAAAGAUAUUCACACGUGACACCGAACACCAAUUCAACAUGGGCUACAACGCUGACAUCCAAAUCUCAACAUCAAGAUAUCUCAAAGUUUGUGGUGCAAUCGGUCAUCUUUCAUCUCUUAACGUUCAAUCACCCAAUGUUUCAGAAAAUGAAAUUGGUAUUGGUGGAACAUCUAGUUGGAAAGUUUGUGGAUUGGAUCAGAACAGUACUUUUGCUUUUUAUUUCGAGGUUGCCAAUCAACAUACCAAUCCAAUUGCACCAGAUCAACCGGGAUUGAUUCAAUUUAUUACUACAUAUCAGAAUAGUCAGGGUAAGCGUAUUCUUCGUGUUACCACUGUGCGUCGUGACUGGUCGGACACUGCCAAUGAAUCGAACGACUCGGUGUCGAUGUUGGCCAACGGAUUCGAUCAGGAGACUUCGGCUGCGCUGAUGGCACGUCUCGCCGUCUUCAAAGCAGAGACUGAAGAGCUCCCCGAUAUUACACGUUGGCUCGACAAGAUGCUGAUCCGUCUCGUCUCCAAGUAUGCCGACUUCCGCAAGGACGACCCGCGCUCCUUCAAGCUGGCACCAAACUUUGCGAUCUACCCACACUUUAUGUUCCAUCUGCGUCGUAGCAACUUCCUACAGGCAUUCAACAACAGUCCUGACGAGUCGUCGUUCUAUCGUUUCAUGUUGAAUCGUGAGAACGUCUCCAACACACUCAUCAUGAUUCAGCCAACUCUCGAGAAGUACUCAUUCAACGGUCCACCCGAGCCAGUUGCACUCUCGGCCACAUCGAUCACCUCUGACACCAUCUUGUUACUCGACACAUUCUUCCACGUGCUCAUCUUCCAUGGUGAGACCAUCGCCAAGUGGCGUAAGGAAGGAUACGAUAAGAAUCCACAAUAUCAAAAUUUCAAAGAUUUAUUACAAGCUCCAAAAGAUGAUGCAAAUGCAAUUUUAAGAGACAGAUUCCCAUAUCCACGUUAUAUUGAUUGCGACCAACAUUCAGGUGAAGCACGUUUCCUUUUGGCAACAAUCGAUCCUAAUUUGACACAUGUUAGCAACGCUCAACAAGAUCCAACCAAGGGUGAAGUUGUAUUCACCGAUGAUGUAAAUCUACAUGUAUUUUUGGAACAUUUGAAAAAGUUUGCUGUUCAAUCUUAA